UAAAACAGGACGGUUUCUGUUAAAAUGGCUGAACAUUUGUGCACGGUUUGCUCUGAUCAGUGAACGAAAUUACCUACGCGUGUAAAUUAAACGAUCGCAGUCUGUGAGCAGCAAGCGGCUGCAUUCUCCUAAAAAAAUGCUGAUGCCUGGUAAACGCAGUUUGUCUAAGGAGGACAUUAGAACAGCGGAUAAAGAUGAAAAAGAGACGCUAUUAGAACACGACAGCGAUCUCGAUGAAGACAUGUUGUUCAGUCGGCCGAGUACUUCGAAUGGAGAUGAGAAGAUCGACAAUAAAAUGGAUUGUGUCAGGCUACAAAUUCAAGAAGUGACGGAUGUGAUGAGGGAUAAUGUUCAGAAGGUAAUGGAUCGUGGCGAGAGACUGGAGGAUCUACAAGAGGCAAGCGAUCGUUUGAACAUGGCUGGAAACGAAUUCAGGGAAACCGCGAGGCGAGCGCAACGGAAAGCGUGGUUACAGAAUGUGAAAUCAAGGAUCAUCAUUGUCAGUGUCACCGUGACGAUCGUGCUUUUCAUUAUUGCUAUCUCUUGCGGAGGACUUCCAUUCUUCAGCCUAUAACGCUUUUAUUCAUCCACUUCCGAGUAAAAUCGAUGCUAAGUCGAUCAGUUUUUAAAGUUGCUAGUUAGAUUAUCGCGUGUCAUUUCCAGUUCUGGACAUCAUGGUGCUCUACUUGGUUCUCAGAUAGCGAGCGCGAUAUUUGGAGUCUUGAUCGUUGAGAUUAAGCAUCCAUUAUCGUGAAAUAUAGCCGAACAUAAAGUUUGACCGAGGGACCGUCACACACUGUCUACACACAUCUUGUACAUUUAUAUCUUCUUCCUGUGGACCUAUUAUACGUAUUAUACAUAUAUAACUAUAUAUUUCCAGAUAUAAGAGGGCUCAAAAUGUAUGAAAAACUGGAUUAACUAAAUUCUAUUGUAGCAGUA